AUGGCGCAUCGAAAAUCUAUCAACGAGGCCGCAGCAGUGGGUGAUUGCCUGCAUAAACUUUUUGAGCAUGUUGUGGAUGGCUGCGCGGAGAGCAUUGCCUUGGUUUGUGGCUCCAAGGAGCUGUCUUUCCAUCAACUCAAUGUGCUCGCAAAUCGUCUUGCACAUGUUCUGGUCAGGCGUGGCGUAGGGCACGGUGACUUGGUCGUUGUAGCUCUGGAUCGGUCUGUCGAUCUGAUUGUGGCUUUGUUAGGAGUACUGAAGACGGGCGCUGCAUACGUCCCCGUUGACAUAUCUUUCCCAAUGCAGCGGAUCAGCCAAAUGAUAGAGGAUGCCGACCCGAAGGUUAUUGUCCGCCGGGACACUACAGUCGAUGUGUUGUCACCGUGGACAGCCUUAUGCUUGAGUGUCGAUGAAAUAUGGAACGACAACGACAACAACACCUGCACCUCCUCAGACGCUGAAACCGGCAACUUGCAACUGGAUGUGCAAGCAGAGGAUCUAGCAUACGUUAUCUACACGUCUGGUUCGACCGGCAGGCCCAAGGGCGUAGAGAUCAGCCAUGGUGCGCUCUCAAAUUUUCUAUUCUCGAUGCGACGAGACCCGGGAUGCGACGAAACGGAUAGAUUAUUGGCAGUGACAACGGUCUCAUUUGAUAUAGCCGUUUUGGAGCUAUUUUUGCCACUUGUCUGCGGCGCAAGGACGGUCAUCGCUCAGGAACAUCAAGUCCGAGACGCUGGUGCCCUGCUUAGAUUAAUGAAGCGUCAUGCAAUCACGAUGAUGCAAGGAACACCUGCCACUUGGCAGUUGCUGCUAGAUUCGGGCUGGCGAGGCACACCCCGAUUGUCUAAAAUCUUGUGUGGUGGUGAAGUGCUUACUCGUCAUCUUGCAGACAGCCUGCUCGCUUGCGGUGACUCUGUAUGGAAUAUGUAUGGUCCAACCGAAACGACUGUGUGGGCUUGUACCUGGAAGGUACGCCAUGGUGAUGAUGUGCUCAUUGGAAGCCCAAUAGCCAACAUGUCGCUAUACGUACUCGGAGAAGACCUAUCACCAGUGCCGCUAGGUUGCCUAGGUGAACUUUACAUUGGAGGUGCAGGUGUUGCCCGUGGUUAUCGUAACAACCCUGACCUCACCAAGUCGCACUUCCUGGAUAGCCCUUCUUACACUGGCACUCUUUACCGAACCGGUGAUAUAGCCCGCUUUCUAGCUCCCGAAAAGCUAGUUGUGCUGGGCCGCACCGAUGACCAGGUCAAGAUUCGGGGCUAUCGGAUUGAACUAGGUGAUAUAGAGGCAGCGAUCACCGCCCACGCGGAUAUCUCCAGGGUGGUGGUAGUCAGUCGUGACGAGCGGUUAGUUGCGUACUGUGUCCGGAAGCUUCCACAGGCAAGUGACGAGGAUCAGCUUUGCAGCAUUGAAACAUGGGCCAGCGCAUGGGAUCAUGCUUACGGAGCCACAGACCAAGAUGUCGUGAGCCAUUCUACCGCCUUCAACCUGGCUGGCUGGCGUAACAGUUACGAUGGCGCCCCGUUCACUAUCCAUGAAAUGCGCGACUGGCAGUCAAGUUCUGUCCGACGGAUCUUGUCCUACAUCCCAGAGCGGGUUGUCGAGGUUGGCUCAGGUACCGGAAUGAUGCUCUUCAGUAUCGCACCGCACUGCAAGGUCUACCACGCUAUAGAUGCUUCGAUUAAAGCAGUUGAGUUUACGCGCCGUCACCUUGGGUCCUUUCCGCAUGUCAUCUGCGAGCAUGGUCAAGCUCACGCCCUUCCCGUGAUGAAAGAUGCCUUCGAUACUGUUAUCGUCAAUUCAGUACUCCAGUAUUUUCCUAGCAUCGACUAUUUGGUCUCAUUCCUCGACUGGGCCAUUAAGGCGGUUGAAAGGGGUCGCAUAUACCUAGGUGACGUGCGCAGCCUGGCGCUGCUUGACAUCUUUCAUGGCGAUGUAAUGCAUUUCCGCACAAACCGCCAGUUUUCUCCCGCUGAGAUGGCCAGCUACACCGCAGAUGCGGUAAGAGACGAACGAGAAUUGGUAAUUUCGCCUGAUUUCUUUGCCAAUCUAGCCAAUCUAUUUCCUCAGAUAACUCGCGUCGAUAUCACUUUGCGCGACGGUGAUUAUGACAACGAGAUGACUCUCUAUCGAUAUGAUGUCACCCUGCACAUCGGAGAGCGAGACAACGUCUGCAUGUGGCCUAUAGAGCUUAAUUGGAGAGAUAAGAUUGAUUUGACCUCCCUGAAGGAUAGGCUUGUGGAUGUGCUGGAGGGGAGCAAUCCACUGCGUUUGAACAACAUUUUGAAUGGGCGGCUACGCGGUGUGUACAGUCGACUUGGGGCCAUCCUUGGCGAUGCUUCAUACACAAACUCAUCUUGGGUUCAUCCACGUAUUCUUCAGGACAUUGCUAGAGAGUCCACUGUGCAGUUGGCACUCCUGCCCAGCCGCUCCGGCGAUGUGUGGUGUUUUGACGCUGUGUUUUGGCGGGCCGGCCAAACUCCUGAUCUCACACUUCAUGCACCCGAACCAAUAGACAGGAAGACAUUGACUGAGUACGCGAAUGCACCCAAGGUUGGAGAAGUGGCAACACCUGCUACUCUUGACCGACUACUCCGACCAUGGUUAGCGGACAGGCUACCGGCAUAUAUGAUACCGUCAUUUUUCGUGGAACUCGACCGAUUACCAAUGACACCAAAUGGCAAAAUCGACCGCAAAAGCCUGCUCGAUCCAGUGACGGAGAUUAACGUUAUUGAAAAGCCUGUCACGGAAUUAGAGCGCGAUAUAUUGGCCGUGUGGUCAAAUGUCCUUGGUCAUAACCGUAUCGAUGUCAACGAUAACUUCUUUCACAUCGGAGGGGACUCAUUACGUGCCGUCAGGGUACACACGAAAUUGGAGGAAUUGCUCGGGCAAUCGAUCUUGCUAGCAAAACUAUUCGAACACUACACCAUCAAAACAUUAGCAGCACACUUGGUUGAAGAUAAGACCGGUGGCCUGACAACAGACCCGAUCAACUUUGGUUCUGUGCAGCAUGAUAGCGAAAACAUUGCUAUAGUAUCUAUGGCAUGCCGGCUUCCUGGGGGGGAUCAUGACACCGGAUGA